UAGCACAUAAUACAAAGACCCAGUGUGUGAGAGAGAAAAUCGAUACCGAUUAACCGCUAGGGUUUGUUUUCGGAAAGGAACAAAUUCGCCGAAAGCGAUGGCUUCGACCAGGAAGAUCGUGUUGAAGAGCUCCGAUGGAGAGGCUUUCGAGGUUGAUGAAGCGGUGGCGCUCGAAUCGCAGACGAUUAAGCACAUGAUAGAGGAUGAUUGCGCCGAUAACGGCAUCCCUUUGCCCAACGUGACCAGCAAGAUCCUCUCCAAGGUGGUCGAGUACUGCAAGAAACACGUCGAGUCCCCCAAGGCCGACGACCGCACCGCAGACGAGGAGCUCAAGAACUGGGACGCCGAUUUUGUCAAAGUUGACCAGGCCACCCUCUUCGAUCUAAUUCUCGCAGCGAACUAUUUGAACAUCAAGGGUUUGCUUGACCUUACCUGCCAGACAGUUGCAGACAUGAUCAAGGGAAAGACACCUGAAGAGAUCCGCAAGACUUUUAACAUCAAGAAUGACUUCACACCAGAGGAGGAGGAAGAGGUUCGUCGUGAGAAUCAGUGGGCUUUUGAGUGAAGAACCUGUUGAGAUGUAUUGUUAAGUUGAUAAGAUGUAAUUGACUUAAGUUGUUUUAGUAUUAUUAUCAUUAUUAUUAGUUGAGUAGUUAUGUUUUUAUAUUGUAGCUGUAGGGAAUUGGUCUCCCAUGUUUGGACUUAUGAAAUGUAAAUCACAGUUGCAUUUUGGGUAGGAUGGAUAGCAGUUUGAACAGCUUUAAGCCUGCUAUCGGUGCCCUUAACUGUUUUAUUAAUUUGGUGAUAUAAGCCCUUGUUUGCCUAAAUCCACUUGUCUGUUGCUCA